UAGUCAGUACAGCCACUCCAGUAGACGGCGGUAGAGAAACAUGCCGCGGCACAGAACAACAACAAACAUAAUUGCGCAUGCGUUAGACACACGCAGCUAGCUAAUGUUGAUAUGGGUUGUGUGUAGUUUUACGGUGAAAUAUAGUUAGUUUAAGAUCAUGUGAGUAAAAUACUUGCUAUAAUACGACUAUGGCCGCCAGGCAUUAUCGGAGGUUGCAGGGCUUGUUCUGUGUGUACAAACCCCCGGGUGUUCAUUGGAAAUUGGUCCGGGACACAGUAGAAACCAAUCUUCUCAAAGAUUUAAACGCCUCAGCGUCCCGUCCUGUGCCACGAGAGGUGCGCUAUUUGUUAUCCCAAGACAGCACAAAAGAUGAAGAUGCUCCUAAGGCACUCACCCUGUCAGCUGCCAGUGUGCCAGUUCUGUCCAAGCAUCCGCUGGUCACCGGACCUGAUUUUCAGCACAUUAAAGUUGGAGUGGGCCAUCGACUGGAUGCUUUUUCUUCUGGUGUUUUAGUUCUUGGCAUUGGAAAUGCAAACAAAGUUUUGAAUGACCUUUACAAUUCUCGUGUCACAAGGGACUAUACAGUUGAGGGAGUGUUUGGGAGUGCGACGGAUGACUUUUCAAACCAAGGCCGUAUUAUAGAAAGAUCCACUUAUAGUCACAUCACACAGGAUAAACUUGAAAAGGUCUUGGCAAUGCUGCAGGGAGCCAAUCAAAAAGCACUGCUAACGUAUUCAAGGGUGGAUAUGCGCUCACAAGAAGCAUAUGAAAUGGCAGUUCAAGGUCUAUUGGGACCAGAGGAAAAGUCAGUGCCUAUUCUUUUACGCCUGCGGUGCAUUUGCUUUGAGCCUCCCAACUUUACUUUAGAGGUGCAGGUUAUAAAUGAAACACAGAAAUACCUCUGUAAAGUGGUGCAUGAGAUCGGACUGGAGCUACGCAGCACAGCAGUUUGUAAAGGAAUUCGACGGACUAGAGAUGGCAGAUUCACUGUGCACCAUGCCCUCACUCAUAACCAAUGGACUGCUGCAGAAGUUAUGAAUGCCAUACAACAGUGCCACACCACAAAGAAGAGGAAAAGAGACACCAGAGAACAAAACAAAAACUCAGAGCUACAUGUGGAGGAAAGGGACAUAUCCACCAGUCAGAAUACAACACAUAGAAUAGAUGCUUUCAAUUAAAUAUAUGUGUAUAUUUUUUUUAAUUUCUAUUAAAAAAAGUUUACUUUAAGAA